GUCGUCCUUCUUGGCUCCUCAGCGCUGGGCAUUGCGGACAAGGGCAGCGACAUAGACGUACUAGCAUGUUCUGCGGAGCUCACCAGCUCCCAGUACUUCACCAUGGCCCGGCAGGAGCUAGAAGGCUUGGAGGUUCAGGACCUGGAGUUGGCAGAAGAUGCGGUGGUGCCACUGCUGAAGUUCCGAGCCGAAGGCAAGGAGUUCGAGGUGCAGUUCUCAGAGCUGCGGGACGAGCACCUGCCGCUGCUUCGCAGCAGCCACGCCGGGGGCGGCGAACAUGGCUACGAGCGACUUUGCAGUCGCUGCUUUUCCAGCAUGGCUCUGUGCCACAGGUGGGACUUUCCGCGGCGCUGGACGCCUGGAUCCUCCUCCGUGCGGCCUUUGCUGCCGGGCGCGAG